UUCUAUCGGUGAUCUAUGGAGGGAUCAUGAUUCUGACUGGUCUAGUUCUCUUAGCAUAUUUUUUCAGCAUCGAAUGCGACCCCCUGAAAGCCGGCUAUAUUAAGAACAGAAACCAGUUGAUGCCGUACUUUGUGAUGCAGUCGUUGAGCUUUCUGCCCGGGUUGCCUGGUCUUUACAUGGCUACGAUUUUCUCUGGCGCUUUAAGCACACUGUCCUCUGGAAUCAAUUCUCUAACAGCCAAUACAGUAGAAGACUUUCUUGGUGGUGUUCUGGCCAACAAACGCGAAUCAACCGUCACCGCCAUAUCAAAAUUUACAGUAUGUGUGUACGGUGCAUUAAUAAUCGGACUGGCCUAUCUGGCACGAGAAAUGCCAGGUCCCGUGACUCAGACAACAUACACAGCUCUGGGAGCAACCAGUGGACCUUUGGUUGGAGUCUUCAUCUUGGGCGCCACAUUUCCACAAGCAAACGCAGUGGGAACGAUGUUUGGGCUGAUAGUGGGUCUCACAUUGAACAUAUGGAUUAGCAUCGGCUCUGUUUUGUAUGGGGCGCCAACACCUCCCUUACCUUAUGGCUCAGUGGACAAGUGUCUUGCCCAGAAUGCCUCAGCGUCUGCAGGUAUGUGGAACUCUUCGUGGAUCGAUCAAGUGACCCAGGCUACGGCUACUGUUUCCUAUACUGCGGCGACUGCGACCUUGACAGUAGCAAGCAGCACAGCAGUAGGAAGAGGCAUACAUGAUGGCUUUUCAUUCUACGAUUUAUCCUACGUAUGGACCCCUCUCAUUGGUUUCCUGAUCACAGUACUUCUAGGAUUAACAGUCAGCAUCAUCGUCG